GACAAUAGUAAAGCAAGAUUGUUGGCAAUUUGGGUAUUUAAGAUUGAUGGCAAUCACACAACAUUUAUCUCACGUUAUGCAACAACUUAUGGGCAGUGAAAUUGUUCAAAUGGGAUCCAAUCAGCCCAGUGGAGUUUCGAGUACGAAUUCUAAGCACAAAGAGGUUUACAAAUAUGAAGCACCACAUACAUUGUAUGCUACCGGUUGGUCUCAGCAUCCAGACUCAUCAAAGAAGUUUCGCUUGGCAUUAGCUAGCUUCAUUGAGGAAUACAAUAAUAAGAUUUCAAUAGUGAAACUUGACGAAGACGCUGGUGAAUUUAUCGACUAUGGUAGCUUCGAUCAUCCUUAUCCGGCUACAAAGGUGAUGUGGAUUCCAGAUCAG